UUAUGUGUUUGAUUUAUACGUUCGAUUUUUAGUUCCAGGGGUACUAAGUUGUUUUUUUGCGUUACAGGUUUGCUGAACAGACCUAAGAUUGCAUCACCUUGUCAAUUGUUUGACAGUAUUGUUCUUACUGAUAUAUAUAUUUCUGUUUGACAAUUCAGACCAUUAUCAACACUGUUUCUAGGUCCCUUUUACUGUUGCUUUGUGUUCCUGGUUUGAAAUGAACAGAACCAGGGGUUGUUUUAUUCAUUAGUUGCAUACUGUAGCAAAAUGUUUUGCAAUAGAACCUAAUUGUUGCAAAACUGUUUCCAUUUGGCAGGUAGGUCCCUCCCUGUUUCGUUUGCUUUCGUUUGGUUCAUAGUGAAUACACCUCAGAGGAAGCAAUGAUUUUCUCUCACCAUGAAAAAGGGAUAGGGAAACAGUAAUUUCCUGAAGACAAUCAUUUGGUUUGUCCAGCAGGUGGCAUGUAGCAAUUGUUUUCAUACAGUUGCUCAUGCUGUUGUUCUACCUGUUCAACCUGCCAUAGACUUACACCAAGCCACUCCCCCAACCCCCAUCAUUCCUCAGCAGAACUACCUUAUGACACAGCGGAGCAAGUUCCUUGUAAACAAUCUAAGUUUAUAUUAAACAUAGAGGGGGACAGGUGACUUGCAAAGUAUUUGUGGAGCUCUUUUAAUUCUGAAGAUUAGGGUGAGUGGCUUCUGGGCCAGUGUCAUCUUUCCUUUCUCCCCUCACACUUUGAGAGUUGGACUUGAAGACAAGGCUUCACAUUGUGGCACCACUGAAGGGGUACAUCAUGGGUUCAGAUGAGGCCUACAACUUUGUCUUUAAGGUGGUUCUGAUAGGUGAGUCCGGCGUUGGCAAGAGCAACCUGCUCUCCCGCUUCACCAAGAACGAGUUCAACCACGACAGCCGCACCACCAUCGGGGUGGAGUUCAGCACACGCACAAUUGAACUGAAAAGUCUCAUCAUCAAGGCUCAAAUCUGGGACACGGCUGGGCUGGAGCGGUACAGGGCCAUCACCUCCGCUUAUUAUAGAGGAGCUGUCGGAGCGCUACUGGUCUAUGACAUCACCAAGCAUCUGACCUAUGAGAGUGUGGAGCGCUGGCUUAAGGAGCUCUAUGAUCAUGCAGACCCUCACAUCGUAGUCAUGCUGGUGGGCAACAAAACUGAUCUGGGGUCAGAGCGAUCAGUGCCCACUGAGGAGGCCAAGGACUUUGCGGAAAAGAAUGGCCUAUUGUUCUUAGAGACAUCCGCCUUGGAGUCCACAAACGUUGAGACGGCAUUCCAAAAUGUCCUUGGAGAGAUCCACAGGAAGGUGAGCAGUAAAGAGGUGACCCGGGGGUCCAUUAGUGCCGUGUCUCUGGCCAGCCCUGUCCCCAGAGCUGCAGGCGACCCUGAAGAGAAGAAGCCCUGCUGUAGGAACCUCUGAUGGGACAAACCACCCAGUGUGGGGGGGUGGCUAAAAGGGGUGACUGUCGAGCAGUAUGGAGCUGCCUGACCCACCCACCCCUAUUACGACCUCAUGUGGUAUAGAACACUCCAUCUUCCUCUAGUUAUUGUGCCAAAAGUGUGCACAUCUGAUUGAAAAGAAUGAUGCUGAGCAAGACCACUUUGAUGUGACACAUUUACAUGGUGGCAGACAGAAUGAGUUUUCCAUUCCUAAAGAUUAUGUAAUGUGUAUGUAUGUACAUGGCUGGAGGUCCAUGAUACAUUUCCCCAAAUAAUCCAGAAAUCAUUUGAAUAUAAAAAAAUGUCUCAAACAAAGAUUUUGUGUAAACUUUUAAGAUUCAACUUUGCUUGGAAGGAUAAACAUUUUUUUUUUUAAAAGGUAGUCAACUGAUGUACAGAAUAUUUGUAUUUUUAGUGACUGUGAGGUUGGACAACAGGUGCCAAAACCAUGUUUAUAAUUUUACACAAAGCUUGAUUAAUUAAAUUUGCUGUCACUGUUGUUUGUGCUCUGUUUACUUAAUGUAUAGUAACAUGUAAUUGUUUUAUUUUAUGCUUAAAUUGUUCCAAAACGG